CACGCGUCAGGUGCGUGCUGCGCGUGUUCUUAUUGACGAUUGGAUGAGCGCUCACGUCCAAUUACCAUCAGCAUGUGUGGCAGGUCGGUCUCACUUUCACCUUUAAGGCUUACAUUCGGGGAGCAAAUGGUGCGUUGGAGGCGCAUAUGUCUUUGAACGCAUCAUGGACUCAAACAGAAGUUUCCAGCCCUGGAAAGACUACAUGGGAUUAUCCGAUGCAGUUCGGAAGAUAAUAUGUCAAAACAACACGACGCUUUCACAACCGGAAGCUGUGCCUUCACAAGCGGAAGCGUCACCUUUACAAACGGAAGCUUUGAAUGCGUCUUCUAGAAACAUGCGCGUGCAAAGAUGGGAACUUAAUCCGAGUUGUGUUGCAUCUCCUCCGACGUCGGGAGCAGAACUUCGUGCACCAGUCGCAGGUCUGCACAAUAAUCUUGCAUACACUCCUGCACGCAAGGAAGGAGGCUUCAAAGGGCGCAGCUGGCACCUGAACACACCUGAGCCGCCAUCACCUACACGCAUGAUGUGCACCUUCUGCAAACACAACGGGGAGUCCCAGGUGGUCUACUCGUCCCACUGGCUGAAGACGCUCUCCGGAGACGUCGCCUGUCCUUACCUGCGCAGGUACGUGUGUCCUCUUUGCGGGGCUUCCGGCGACAAAGCGCACACCAAACGCUUCUGUCCAAAAGUGGACGUCAACUACAAGUCUGUGUACGUCAAGAACAGACGCUGAACUUCUCAUGUGCUUCCAUCACAUGUUUUGUUUGUCAUUUCUGUUAUAGUUGGAAUAGCAACAUUUCUCAUUUAUUGCUUUUAAAUCAUAAGAGAAUAAUUACUUGUAUUUUUUUAAGCAAACAGUGUGAAAUAUGUGUUUUUCUUUCAUUCUUGUGUGCAAGUAUCUGUCGUUUGCAGUGUUAUACGUAGUAUUGUAUUUAUUUGUAGUAGUUUGCGGUGUUAUACAUAGUAUUGUAUUUAUUUGUAGUAGUUUGCAGUGUCGUACAUAGUAUUGUAUUCAUUUGUAGUAUUGUAGUAGUUUGCAGUGUUAUACGUAGUAUUUUAUUUGCAGUGUCAUGUGCAAUGGUCUUAUAUAUUAAAACUACACAUUUUC